GUUUGUAUGUGGCUAUAGAGACGUCUCGCGUAUAUAAACACGUCAUCAGUUUUGAAACACGUGUAUUUGUAUAAACACCGAAGAUGUGUGAGAAUGCAGAAAAGUCCUGUGUUUAAACACACAUGUCAUCGCUAUAUUCGUCAAAUACACCGAAUGAACUGUAAAAAUGCAGGUGACGGUCACAACUUUAUCGGACAAAGUAUUCACUAUUGAAGUUAGCGAAGACUUGGAACUAGAAAACUUUAAAGCGCUCUGUGAAUUCGAAACCGGUAUUCCGGCCAAGGAAACUGCAAUUCUUCUGAAUGGUAGGCCUUUACGCGAUGAUAAAGCCAGCUUAAAAAGCUAUGGAAUCGGACAUAAUGAUAUCUUACUUCUGCAGCAUAUGCGAGGGGUGACAGGUCUCACCCUCCCGACCAAUACUCCGUUUUCGGCGAACACAUCUCAACGAUCACCUGGACACGGUGGACCAGGAUCAGCUCCUGUGAUUGAUUUUGGCAGUAUCCAGAUCCCUGGCGUUGGCCCUUUGCCCCAAGCAUCUAUUGGGGGACAGUCAACCAGCCAAGGUCAUGGAGGUGGAGCAAGUUUCAUGGAUGAUCCCAAAGUUGUGAGAGAUAUGUUCCUCAAUAACCCACACGAACUGGCUCUGUUGAAGGAAAGAAACCCUCCUUUAGCUGAAGCUUUGGUUAGCGGAAGUUUAGAGAAAUUUUCUGAAGUGUUUCGCCAACAACAGAGUGAAAGAAUGGAAAAGGCCCAAGAACGCAUGCGUCUUAUGUCAGCUAACCCUUUUAGCCCCGAAGUUCAGAAAAUGAUAGCUGAAGAAAUUCGAUUGAAAAAUGUAGAAACUAACAUGGAGACAGCAAUGGAGUUUGCCCCUGAGAGUUUCGGUCAAGUCCACAUGUUAUACAUUGAUUGCAAUGUUAACGGUCAUCCUGUGAAAGCCUUCGUUGAUUCAGGUGCUCAAAUGACUAUCAUGAGUCAGUCGUGUGCAGAACGCUGCAACAUCAUGAGACUCGUAGACAAUCGAUGGGCAGGGAUUGCGAAAGGUGUUGGUACACAGAAAAUUAUUGGAAGAGUACAUUUAGGUCAAAUUCAAAUUGGUCCAGAUUUCCUUCAGUCUUCAUUCUCAAUAUUGGAAGACCAGCCCGUGGAUAUGUUGUUAGGGCUGGACAUGCUUCGACGGCAUCAGUGUUCAAUAGAUUUAAAACGAAAUGUGUUAGUGAUCGGUACAACAGGUACAGAAACCCCGUUCCUCAGUGAAUCUGAGCUUCCUGAACAUGCGCGGUUAAACCUGUUACAGAGACCUUCAUCAAGUAUAGAAACUGAGGACCAACAACUAGCUGAAGCUCUGGCACGAUCUGCUGAAGAGGCCUCAGCAAAACACGUGAUGGUUUCUAGUCGUAAGCCAGCCUCCACAUCCACUGCUAUCUCAGGCUCCAAACCGACGGCCACAGUUUCAUCUCCUCCUCACAUUCCCCCAACCUCUCCACCACAAACAUUCUCAGAGGAAGCCAUGCUGCGACUCAUGUCCUACGGAUUCGAAAGACAACAGGUUCUAGAUGAACUGCAUCGAUCAAAUGGAGAUGUCGACCAGGCCUUGGCAGCGCUGUUGGCUAAAUCUUUACAAAUGCCUUGAGCUGGGGGGAUGCGGGUCGUAAUUUUGAUGGGUGACAUUUUGUGAACAGUCAUAUCGUAACUUUUAACAGGUGGCCAUUGUCCUUUUCUUUUUUUUUUUCCGAAUCACAGCCAUAAACAUAUAAACACGUCUUCAUUAAUCUAAUCUCAUUGAAUUUCAAAUGUAAACAACUGAAGAGAUUAAAUAUUCUACUGUAAUUCAGUUGUAGACAUUUUAUUUUGCCUUCCAAUUAAGAAUUGUUAUCAACAGAACUGAUGAAACUAGCUAACAUUGAAACAACUGCCUGCAUCUGGCUUGAUGGCAACAGUUGUUUCAUAGUUUGAUGACAAAUGCUGUCAUUUCGUCAGCUUUUUUUUUCUAUUAUGUCACAUUAACUUACAAUUGUAUAUUUUCCUGUUGUUGUAUCAUUUUAAACUCCUCAUCUGUUGCUGUUUCCACUCAACCUACCAAUAUCUGUUCUUUAAUUUUGCUCUCAUAUCUUUUAUUAAGAGUUGUUACUGUCCAAAACUUGGCUUUCACAUGUGUUGUUUGUCCUGACAUAAAAUUUACAAUUUAUGUA